UUGCCAUUACCAACAUACAUUACAUUUUCUUCUUGCCAUCUCGAAGUUUCUGGGUGUAGAGAGAGAAUGGAGGGGAAAGAGGAAGAUGUUAAGCUUGGAGCAAACAAGUACUCAGAGAGGCAACCUCUGGGGACCUCAGCACAGACAAAGGACUACCAGGAGCCACCACCAGCUCCACUGUUUGAGCCAGGAGAGCUGCAGUCAUGGUCCUUCUGGAGAGCUGGGAUUGCAGAGUUCGUGGCCACUUUUCUCUUCCUUUACAUCACUGUUUUGACUGUUAUGGGUGUGGUCAAGUCUCCUACCAAGUGUGCCACUGUGGGUAUACAGGGAAUUGCUUGGGCUUUUGGGGGCAUGAUCUUUGCCCUUGUUUACUGUACUGCUGGAAUCUCAGGUGGACACAUAAACCCUGCAGUGACAUUUGGUCUACUACUAGCAAGGAAAUUGUCCCUAACCAGGGCAAUCUUCUAUAUUGUGAUGCAAUGCCUCGGUGCAAUCUGUGGUGCCGGUGUCAUCAAAGGCUUCGAGAAAUCUCAGUAUGGGAUGUUGGGUGGUGGAGCUAAUGUUGUGAGCCCUGGCUACACCAAGGGUGAUGGACUUGGUGCUGAGAUUGUUGGUACUUUUGUUCUUGUCUAUACCGUCUUCUCCGCAACCGAUGCCAAGAGAAAUGCUAGAGACUCCCAUGUCCCUAUUUUGGCACCUCUACCAAUUGGGUUUGCAGUGUUUUUGGUUCACUUGGCAACCAUCCCCAUCACAGGGACUGGCAUCAACCCUGCCCGGAGUCUCGGAGCUGCCAUUAUUUACAACAAAGAUCAUGCCUGGGAUGACCAUUGGAUUUUCUGGGUUGGACCCUUCAUUGGAGCUGCACUCGCCGCACUUUACCAUCAGAUAGUCAUCAGAGCCAUUCCCUUCAAGAGCAGAUCCUGAAAGAUCAUUUUCUUCUGUUCUUUUUGUUUAUUGAAGUCUCUCUUUGUAUCCAUGUUGCGAUGAGGUUCCAAUUUUAAGGUGUUGCUUGUGUAUAAGAUACUGGUUUGUAUGAACUAUGUCUAGCUUUAUGCAUCAUAUGAUUGUUUUUCAUAGGAUCUUUGUGCUACUAUAUAUAUUUGGCAGUAAAUUAUAUGGUGAGCUGAAUUAUGGUUUUAAA